UCAUCCAACAUGAAUUUAUUUAGAUCAAAAAAAAAGGAAGAACCCAAAAAGAAGAUCACUCUCACAAUUGUAUUUUUAUUGAUCCUAUCUUAGGAACAACUUACAAUGUUAUUCUUGAAAUCUAAAGAAUACAUUAACCAUGACAGACAAAAAAAAUUUAAUGAGGCUAUAUAGUAAGAAAGCAAGUUACUGAAUAUGCUCAAGGCUCCUUAGAGAAAUAGGAAGGAUGAAGAAAUUCAAAUCAUCAGAAUUGUUAAUAUCGUUAAUACCAUUGAAGCCUAUGAUAAGGCCAUUAUGUAUUUAAAUGCAUGUUAUUCUUUUUAGACAAAUCAACAAUAUUGAUCAAUUCAAAAGUUAAAUUGUAGCAAGUUAAGGUGACCCCAACAGAGUCUAAUAAUUUAUUCCGUAACAUUGAUAUUCCUAAAUUUAGUUAUAUUGCCAGUGUGUGUUAUUAUAUCGAAAAUACCUAUGAUAUAAGAGGGGCAGUAGAUCUCAAAUUAUAAUUAAAUGAAUAUUAUGGAUGUGAUAUUGCCAAAACCUAUGAAAGAUCAGUUGAUCCUAGUGCUAAAUUAUUAUUUGGCAUUUUAAAUCUACAAUCCCCUUCUGUUCUAAAAUAUGCUUAAGACUUUAGUAAGAAAUACUAGAUACUUGAUGUACCAGGAGUGAACUAUUAACCAUAAUAAUAAUAACAAUCUUGGGUUCCUAACUAAUAUCCUACACAUUAAUAAAGUGGCUAUCCUUAAUAAGGUGGAUAUCCAUAAUAAGGUGGUUUUCCAUAAUAAGGUGGUUAUCCAUAGUAAGGCGGUUAUUCAUAGUAAGGAGGAUAUCCAUAGUAAGGAGGAUAUCCAUAAUAAUAAAAUGGGUAUCCACAAUAAUAAAAUGGAUACCCACAAUAAUAAAACGGGUAUCCAUAAUAAGGAGGAUAACUAUAAUAUAGUGGAUUCCCAUAAUAAGGAGCAUAUUCUUAAAAUAAUGGAUUAUAAUAAGCACAACAACCAUAUCCUCAGCAAUAAUAAUAAGGUAAUUAUUAAUAAUCAUAUCAAAAUUAAUCAUAAGCCUAAACUUAGUAAAAUUCUAUCAAUCCUAAUUCAUUAUAAAACUCUAAUCCCUAUGGAUAGAUAUAAUAAUUUAGCUAGCAAAAUAUAUAUUUAAAUAAUCCAACUGUUUAUUAGCCUUAGAUUUCUCAACCAUAAAUUGGAAUGAAUCCAAAGUAAAAUUCAAACUAUAAUUACCCAUAACCAUAAUAAUCAAUAUAUAACUCUUCACAACCUUAAAAUAAUAAUAUUGUACCUUAAUAAUAAUAAUAAUCCUAAUUUUAAUCAUAAUAAUAAUAAUAAAUAGAUCCAUUUGCAAUUCUUAAUUAGUCAAAUAAUUAAAAGAUGAUAGAAUUACCUGCAAUACCUUAAUAAUCAUUUACUUAACCCAAUAUACCCUUAGAUCAAAGUAAAAACGGAAAUGGAAAUGUUGCUGAACAGUCUCCAUCACAAAAUCAAUCAAAUUAAAGUAUUAAAAUAAUUUUAUUAUUAGAUGAAACUACUGCAAUUGGGUAAGGUAUGAAUAACAGUUAACCUCCUCAAAUAAAUUAGAAUCCCCAAAAUGUUCCUGUAUAAAUAAAUCACGAUUUGAGGUCUUUAGAGAUUUUACAUAAAUUCAAGACUGGUUUUUAAUAAUCUAUUAAUUAAUCAUUGCAACAAUUGCAGAUGGUAGGUUUAAGUUUAUGA